AAAAUCAGCUGUUUUUACAAAACAUUUUACUACACAUCAUUCAUAGAUUUAAUUUUCAAUUUCAAGUAUAUAAAAUUAGGAAUUUCUUUCAAUUGAAAUGUAGAUAUAAAAUUUAUUUCUUUAAUUUUAUUUUUAAUAAAACACUUCUUCUGGUAAUUGCAAGUUUUGACUAGUGUAAAAUAUUAUAUUAGUGUUAAUUAUGGAUGCAUUAAAAGACUGGAGCCCUUAUACAACGAGGGAAUACGAUCCAUUAAAAGCUGGAAGUAUAGAUGGCACAGAUACAGAGCCUCACGAUAAAGCUAUUACUCGUGCAAUUGAAGCGCACUACGAGCCACCUCAUGGAUUAAAAUCAAAAACUGAGAGAACUGUUUUUGUCGCAAGAUUUUCACCUCAAACAACAAAUGAAGAUUUGAAGAAACAUUUCACACGUAUUGGAAAUGUAAAAACGGUGAAAAUUAUAAAAGAUAUCGUUACUGGUGAUUCGCAAUGUUAUGGAUUUGUGGAAAUGGAAAAUGCUGACGACGCAAGAAGGGUUGUACGUCGUUUACAUGGUUCUUCUUUAAAGGGGCAUACAAUUUUUGUUGACUUUGAGUUCAGUCGAUCGAUGCAAGGCUGGAAACCCAGAAGGCUAGAAAAUGAAACACAUUUUGCUAAUUUUUCAGGUGGUGGCUUUGGAGGUAAAAAAGAAUCUGGACAAUUGCGAUUUGGAGGUAAAGAUCGUCCGUUUAAAAAGCCAAUUAUUCCGAUGAGUUAAUAAAUUUUGAAAUUAAAAAUCUUUUUUUUUCGUUCUUUUUGUAUCGGAGUAAUUUUUUUAUGCUAAAUAUACAGUUAGUUAUAAUAAAUUAUAUUUUUCAUA